AUGGGUCGGCUCGACCGAAGUGAUACCACGGCCUCACAGAAAACCAUCGUGAAACAACCACCGCGUUGUGUUUCGCCGUUGAGCAGCGUGUGGUCAUCGUGUGACUCUUGCGGGAGCGAGUGCGCCGCGUCGUGCGGCACGCGGCGCUUCCGCGCGUGCUGCUUCAACUACCUGCGUCGGAAGAGGGCGCCACAUGUCGCACAGCUUCACGAACUUAUGGAAAUUGUGAAGAACCAAGACUCUGAUCUCCCUGUCUUUCUGGUGGAAGACUCUCCCUUAUCAGAGAGAUGGACUAACAGCCUAUUGGCAAGCGAAUACCGACCUUACACAACUGAAAAUUUGAUUGAAAAUCAACUAGAUUAA